UUGCCGAAUGCAAACCGAACGGAUUCGCUGGAAAAUGCUGCCGGGUUGAAGACAGUGCGUGUGAGCGAGAUAAAAGAUACUCGGGGCGAGCAACAGUGAAAAGCGUUUGAAGGGCCAUAGAUACAAGAUAAUGCCCCAUCGAGGAGUCGUCCUCCUCUCCGCCAACCGAUAUGUUGUGAAAAUCGCCCAGGGAAGCCAAAGCCAAAGUGAAAGUGUGUGAAAGGCAUUCGACAUUAAAAAAAAAAAAUGCGCACAUUUUAAAGUUCAAAAGUUGGCAGCAAAACAAUGCGGCAUAAAGAAAAGCAAACAAACAAGAAAAUAUGCGAAAAUUCUUCAGAUGUUGUUCUUUAAUGCAUACGAAAUACUCGAAAUAAAUUAUCAUCAGCCUAAUCAACAUCAGCGUUAUUAUCAGCAGCAGGCGGAGCAAGGAAAAUUCAGAGGAAAACUUUUUGCCGUGUAAGCGAUUCAGCCGCUUCCAAGUCGAAUGAGUGGAGCGUCGGCCGCCGGUGGCUCAGGUGGCCCGAGUGGAGUGGGCGGAGUGGGCGGUGGUGGUGGUGCCACCCACAUCUUCCGCUCGCUGUCGUCGGAGAGCCAGAAGCGGGAGUGGUCGAAGCGGCUCUCCCUGAGGGGAAUGCGCCAUGGAGCUCCCGGCGGAGCCCAGAGCCUCGCCAGCAGCAAGGAGGAGAGCAAACACAGAAAGUUCUUCAGCCGCUCGGCCUCUUUGCGUCAGGCGGGGAGUGGAGGCGUUGGCGGAGGAGGAGUUGGUGGCAGCCAGCAGUCCUCCAUGGAGUUGCAUGUUCCAGGAGGACGAGCAGGAGGUGGAGGGGGAGGGGGAGCCUCCUCGGGAGCGGGCUCACCGCAAACGCAAACGCAACCGUCGACGCCGAAGAAGUCCAACUGGGAGGUGAUCGAACAUUUCAAUACGAGUGCCAAGGGAGGCAAGGCCAUGGUUAGCAGCAGUUUGAUUGCGGCUGGAAUUACGCGCUGCAAUAUCGACGAAUCCAUGGACUCCACCAACUCGAGCUCCACCUGCCACAGCCCCAUGAUUUACCAACGUGACGAAACACAGCUGCUGCAACCAGGGGAUGGCAGUAAUGUGGAGGCCAACAAUCCGAUUCCGGGCGGCGGAGGAUCUGGACCGGGGAAUGGUCCUGUGAGCCCCAGCAUUUCGUUCUGGUUCCGUUUGAACCGCAUCAUCCUGCGCCUCUGCUCCACGCACCAGUUCAAGAAUCUCCAGGUGGAAAUGCUGUAUCAGCGGUAUUUUCUGCGAAUGAACCAGAGCAACACGACGCACAUUCUGGCGCUGCUUUUGGCCCUGAUUUUGGCCCUGUCCUGCACGCACUUGGUCUUCACAACGCUGCAGCUGCGGCGCAGCACCUCCCUGCUGCUGGAAAUCAGCGAAAUUCGGCUGGACGCAAAUUCGACCGCCGGCAACUUGACGACCACCUCCAUUAAGCCACCGGCAUCGGUGGGUCAAAUUGCCGAGGGCAGGAGCCUCCUUCCUGCACUGGCUUCCAAUUCCAGCGGCAGCAUUUGGGUGGCGAGCUCGCCGGGAGGCUCUGAUUUGAAAUCCGCCCAAAACCGCAAUUUCGAAGAUUUCGAAGCGGUUGGUAAUGGACAGCCGGAGCGGCAGUUUCGUCGGCAGAAGCGCAAACAUUAUCGACGUCUCCACAAACACCGCUACAAGCAAAAGCAACACCAACAACAUCAACAACAUCGCACCAGAUACAGGACGAGGGAGAAGCGGAAUCUGCAGGACAUUCAGUUGGUUAAGGGGGUUGGCAGCCAGCUGAUUGUUGACACUGCCCCCGAUGAUGUGUACACAAUUUCCCAGGAUGAUGACGACGACGAUGGUGAUGAUGAUGGAGGGCGCAGAGUCGACAGCAAACGCAUUACGUAUACGCCGCGUGUCCGCGACAACAAUCAAAUUUCGGUAGCGGAACGUGAUGAAGUGCUAAACACAUCGUCAAUCGAAGGACCUGCAGCCGAUAAUUCGGACCCUCCUCCGGACUAUGGCCACCUUAUAUCCCUGAUCCUGAUGCAGGUGGACGAGUCCGUGUUGGUCUUCCUCAUCGUCAUGCUAAUCUGCGGAAUUGUCUAUGCCUUCCUGCUGUGCAUCCUCUCCAAGCCGGCCAUGAACGAGAUCUUCCUGGUGCUCGUGUCCUACGUCAUUUUGGGCACCUUUCUCGCCAUCGAAGUGGCCGUCAGCUACGCCAUGAAACCCAGCAAGUCCUUCAAUGGCAGCGCCUGCUGCAUCGUGCUCAUCUACAUGACCUACACGAUGCUGCCCCUCCGCCUCCGGGAGGCUCUGAUCGGCGGCGUCCUCCUGAGCGUCGUCCAUCUGUACACCUGUCUGAGGUUCGCAGCCGCGCGGGAUGAGAAUGAGGACGAGGUGGUGGAGGACCUGCAGUGGGAGGAGCUGCUCUGCACACUGGUGGCAAUGCUCCUGGCCAAUCUCACCGGGGUCUACACCCACUGGCCCAAGGAGAAGGCCCAGAGGAAGGCUUUCAUCGAGACGCGCCAAUGCAUCGAGGCCAGACUUAGAACACAGCGCGAAAAUCAACAACAGGAACGCUUGUUGCUGUCGGUGCUGCCGCGCCAUGUGGCCAUGGAGAUGAAGGACGACAUUGCGGGCCAGCCACGUGACACCCAGUUCCACAAGAUAUACAUCCAGCGGCACGAGAACGUCAGCAUCCUUUUUGCGGACAUUUGCGGUUUCACCAGCCUUUCGGAUCAGUGCACCGCCGAGGAAUUGGUGCGUCUGCUGAACGAGCUCUUCGCCCGCUUUGAUCGAUUGGCUGCGGAGCAUCAUUGUCUGCGCAUUAAGCUGCUGGGCGAUUGCUACUACUGCGUCUCCGGGCUGCCAGAACCCCGUCCGGAUCACGCCCAUUGUGCCGUCGAAAUGGGACUCGAUAUGAUUGACGCCAUCGCUCUUGUCCGCGAGGUGAUGGCCGUGAAUGUGAACAUGCGAGUUGGCAUCCAUACUGGCCGAGUGCACUGCGGCGUUUUGGGCCUGGUCAAGUGGCAGUUCGACGUUUGGUCCAAUGACGUCACUCUGGCCAACCACAUGGAAAGCGGUGGAAUCCCAGGUCGCGUUCACAUCACCAAGGAGACUCUAAAGUGUUUGGAUGGCGAUUACGAAGUGGAAGUUGGCAAGGGAAACGAACGCAAUUCGUAUCUCAAGGAUCAUCAGAUUGAAACGUAUCUUAUAGUGCCGGGGGAUAUAUACAGACCUCACAAGAAGUCCAGGAAUCGUCUGCAGGUGAAUGGGAAUAUUUCCAAGGAGCUGCGUAUGAUGGGUCAUGGAACCGCACAGAAACACACUUCCAAAUUCGGAUUUGGUGACAGUUCAGAAAGUACGAAGGAUCCCGAGGACGAGGUGAACGAGUAUCUAAUGCGAGCGAUCGAUGCCCGCAGCAUUGAUCAUCUGAGGGCCGAGCACUGUCAGUCCUUGCUGCUCUGCUUCAAGGAUAAUGGGCUGGAGAGAAAGUACGCCAGCGAACCGGAUCGCAUGUUGUGUGUGUACUUCUACUGCAGUCUGUUGGUUUUGCUCGGCACCAGCAUAAUGCGGCUGGUGGUCUUCCAGAGCUCCCCACUGACUUUGGCCUUGUCCACUGGCGCUCUGUUUCUGCUCGGACUGCUGGUAUUUCUGGUGGCAUGUCAUAAAAUCAACUUUCAGCUGCCAUCGGACAUCAAACGCUUCUCAUUGCGCAUUCAUAGCAAUCGCAGGAUAUCGCAGUUUUUCGCCUUCGCCAGCGUCGCCCUGAUUGUCCUUACCACUUUGUUGGCCAUGUUCCAGGAGUCGGCCCGCCAACUGGAGUUGCUCCAGAGGAAGCGCUUCUGGCUGGACGUCAGCGGAAAUGCAAGUCUGAAUGCCGAGCAGCUCGACGCCGAGAUGUUUGCCCGCGAGGAACCCCGCUGUGAUUUCUACCUGGCCUACAAUACGUUCCUGCUACUGACGCUGCUCUCGAUGAUGAGCUGUGCCACCUACCAGGUCCUGCGGAUCCUGCUCAAGCUGCUGCUCCUGCUGCUGGCCUCCGGCAGCUACAUGGCCUGCUCCUCCUUCCUGUACUCGCGCAGCAGGGAAAUCAGCCAGGAGUUGGCGAAUGAGGAGGCCCUGCUGCGCUACAUAAUUGAUUCCAUCUUCCUUUUUGCAUUUAUGCUGGCCCUGAUCUUCCACAGCCACCAAACGGAGGCCACUUACCGCCUGGACUUCAUUUGGAAGCUCCAAGCCACGGAGGAAAAGGAGGAUAUGGAGCACCUGCAGGCUUAUAAUCGUAAACUGCUCGAAAACAUUUUGCCCGUUCACGUUGCCGAGCAUUUUCUGAGCCGCGAAAAGCACCUUGACGAUUUGUACCACGAGCAGUGCGACUCGGUGUGCAUCCUGUUCGCCAGCAUUCCGAACUUCUCCGAGUUCUACGUGGAACUGGAGGGCAACAACGAGGGCGUGGAGUGCCUGCGUCUGCUGAACGAGAUUAUCGCCGACUUCGACGAGCUGCUCAGCGAGGAGCGCUUCCGCUGCAUUGAGAAAAUCAAGAGCACGGGCGCCACUUACAUGGCGGCUUCCGGGUUGACGGCGAACACCUGCGACCGGGUGAACUUCACCCACGUGACCGCCAUGGCGGAGUACGCCCUCCAGCUGUUCGACAAGAUCGAGGAGGUCAACAUGCACUCCUUCAACAACUUUCGGAUGCGGAUAGGUAUAAACAUUGGUCCUGUGGUGGCUGGCGUGAUUGGAGCCUGCAAGCCGCAAUAUGACAUCUGGGGCAAUGCCGUCAACGUGGCAUCGCGAAUGGACUCCACAGGUCUCGUGGAUCACAUCCAGGUGACACAGGAGAUGCAGCAGAUUCUCGAGGGGCGUGGCUUUGAGCUCACCUGUAGAGGAAGUGUGGAUGUGAAGGGAAAGGGUUCCAUGAUCACCUACUUCCUGAAGGGUAAAAAACCCAUUGAAGCAAAGGAGGAUCUGGCCAAGAUUGAGAUCGAACCUCCCAAGACUUUACCUUUAACCAAGGAACCGGAGAAGUUAACUGGUGAAACGGAGAAGCAGAAGGAUCAGGCGAAGGAGGUUCACCUCGAGCAGGAGGAUGAUGACCUUUUGCCCUCCCCUGACAUCGAUAUGAACUCCAAUAUGCAGAAUCUGACGGCGCAGCGGAGGAAGUCCCUCUGCCGGCAGCACAACAUAUCCUCCUCCUUCGGAACCACGGUGAGCAGCUCCACGGGCAUCACGCCCAGCAUUUCCAACAGCUCCAGUGUGGUCACCAUUGGCGCAUUGCCCGCCAUCCUGCGAAGUGGCAAUCCCAAUCCGAAUCCCACGGAUAGUUGCUCGGAGUGCGGGGGAGGCAGCAAAUCCCUGGCCACGCCCACUGCUCCGCCAAGAACUCUGGUGGCGGAUCUGAAAGAUGAGAUAGCCAGGGAUGAGAAGAGCGGACUGAAGGACUCCAUUGAGAAUCUGGAGAUCCUGCUGAAGAACAACAUAAGUCUCUCCGAUUUGAGCAACAAACAGCAGCAGAAUCUGCGAGGUGAAGGCGGUAGUUCCACCACUACAACUCUCCGGAAAAGAGACACCAUCGUGAGCUUCAAUGUGACGGAGACGGUGACCACCACGGCCACCCCGUACUCCUCCUCCUCCGGCUCCUCGAACUCCUCGGCGCAGCCAAAAAAACGCCGUUCGGUGACCACCAUUGCAGCCAGUUUCACCACAGCGACCACCACUCGAUUGCUCUCCAAUGAGAGCCAGAGUUCCACGCAGACGGCGCCGGGAACCCUGGAGAGUGGCGGUGGCUCCGUGGCCGGGCAAUCCUCCACAGAGACCUCCUCGCAGGACUGGCAACCCCGGACAGCUUCGCUGGAACCCAAUCGCAGUCCCAUCAAGACCUCGCAGUCGAUGAGUCCCAUUGGCCAGCUGACCACGGAGGUGUUCGUUCUGCCCAACAGCCGGAGCAUGGUGCUCAUCAGCAGCUCCAAUGGAUCUGUUCCCGGUCUGGGAUCGGGGGGGAGGGGGAGCAGCCCGCGGGCAGGACUCCUGCAGGAUGUCAGCACGUAAGGGAUGCCUAGGCAGCCGUGUAAAUAUGUACAAUACGUAGCACUAAAGGCAAGGUUAAAGGUUAUUGUAAUGGUAAUGGUAAGGGUAAGUGGUAAUUGGUAAGUGGUUAGGGAUACAAGGAAAUAAUAUAGAAUAGCAGAUUGAUUGGGCUUGCCAACAUUCAUUAAAGUCGAACUUCUUUGGUUGGAGAUACAAUUUAUUGAGACUACAGAGAAACCCUUAAAAACAAUAACAAAAUAAAAAUGAUUCUUUAAAAGGUAAAUACCAAAAUUUAACCAUUAAUACGAAUUUUAAAAUAUGCUUAAAUACUUGCAGUUGAAAAUGUUUAAAGAAAAAGGUCUUUUUUAUACUCGAACAAUUUAGAAAUAUUAAUUAAUUUGACUUAUAAAAAAGCAAAAUAUAUGAAAGGUUACAACAUUUUUAAUUAAAAUAAUUCUGUGAAAUUUAUUAAAAUAAAAACCUCCGUUUUUUUAUCAACAUAAUUUUAUACUUUAUAAAUAUUCCUUUUAAGAAAUGUCCUGCUGCAGAAGUUCGACGGUACCCAUAGCUUUUCCCAACAUCCAUGAGAUCUCGCAUUUACUGUAGCUUUACAUGUUCCUCAGUUGGCGUUUCAGGGCACCGAAAACAAAGUAAUUUCCAUAUCACACUCAAAACUAAAGUACGAAAGCAACGUCUUGCACUUCAACUGGGUACCAAAAUAAAUCAUAUUAGAUCAUUUAGGCAUUCGAUAGGUUGUAAGUUGAGUUGGAAGAAUGUCCUGCGAAAGGAGUGUAGGUGUGUAAGGUUCCUAUGUGUGUGUUUGCAGUAGAGUGUAAAUUUAAACGGAAUAAGUGUGCAAAGAAAUCGAAUUUAAUGUUCAUCAUCUGAAAAACUAGCAAGUAUUUACAAAUUGUUAGGGAAUGCAGUUGAACAACUAAGUUCUUAAAACGAUUUUUAAGUUAUCAAGAGCCAUAUAAAUUGUAUUUAUGUUAUACAUAUAGUGAGUUACCAUUAUUUAGAUUAUAUUUUUAGCAGUUAAUAUUACCUUUUCCCAAAGAAAAGUCGUUACCAAAGAUAUCGAUUGCAUUCCUCUAACUAAAUUUUUCAUACCAGCUUAUGGACUUUCUUAAUGGAAAAAUAAAUAGGAUAUUUAUCCUUUCCUGACUGUCCAAAGCUGGUUCUCUUUCCUAACUAAAACCAAAAUCUGUCAAUUGAAGAGCAACAAGAAAACUAUUUUAAGUUGUUGCACUAACGAUAUUUACUAGCAAAUAAGUUUAAAUGAAAAAUGGGUAUCAAAUACGAGUAACGUUGAGUGUUAAAACAGUAUCGUUUAUAUGUAACGUUAAAUGUGUUUCAAUGUCUGUAUGUCUCAAUGUUGCUGAAAGCAUCAACACUAAAUAUAAAUAAAAUAUUAAAAUAGGUGCAACAUAUGUUAUGCAAACACGAAACGAAAAAACCAAAGAAAAACAAACAAAAUUCUCGCUGUGAUUUCUAUGAAGAAGAUGAAAAGAUGCAUAAAUUAUUUUAUAACCUUUUGUUACUUAGUUUUAACUCGCAAUUUUACGAACGCCUCUCGGCCACUUUGAAUAUGCCUACGAACUCUAAUUUAAUCGAAUGUGAAGUAUCCUAUACAGUUUAUAUGUAAGCAUACUAUAUGUAUUGAACUCGAUGUUGAUUAGCUUUGGUGUUCAGUUUCCAGUUGAUAAGGACAAAGAUAAACCCACUCAAUGUAAAUGUUUCGUUGUGCAGUCAACCAGAAAAGUAAUAAAACAAAUGUGUUAAUAAAUGGCGCUAUAAAUUUGAA